CUCUCCAGGAGAAGGAGACACAGGGGAGAUAGAGAGAAUCCAAAGGAAAGCAAAUGCAUUGGUGUCUUUGGAAUGAGCUUGCACACGGAUGAACGAACGAUUCGUGAUGUAUUUGAGAGAUACGGCCCAAUUGAUGAAGUUCAAAUAGUAUAUGAUUACCACACUGGAAGAUCUAGAGGAUUUGCUUUUGUCUAUUAUAAAUAUAUUGAUGAUGCUGUCGAUGCGAAAGAGAAUGCACCCGGUGUGGAAAUUGAUGGUCAUAAGAUCAGAGUUGAUUAUUCCAUAACCGAGAGAGCCCACACACCAACACCUGGAACAUACUUGGGGUUGUUAGUACUUGUCAAUAAAUUAAUUAAUGUUUCACCUAAUCUUUUUAUCGACAUGCUAUGA